UAUUUUUUCUCCUUUCUCGUUACUCAUGUGUCUCCCCGUUUGGGAGGCGGGUGAAAAUGGACUGAACAAGAGGGAGGAGAAAACCCAGGCAGAGGAAAGAGAGGGAAAGAGCUAUAGCCUGUAGCCAGACUUUGCCUGCUUAUUCAGCGCCGAGUGCUGCACUGCGCCGUUUCCAGUUGUGGGAUGUUAAGAUUUGCCUUUGGCUGCACUUCUCCCCACUCUCGCGCUCACAUAAAGACUCUUAAGACAUUUUUAUGCUCAUUUUCUUGGAGGAGGAGUGAGAGAGGGAGAGACUAGCCAGACCUAUUAGCCUGGAGCCUGAAACACACACACACACCAACUCUCUCUCUCUCCGACACACACACACACUUGUACACUCCUCCAGCUCUGCGCUGCACCAAGGUAACAGUGAGUGGAUUUAGCUUUAGCCAUCUGGUUGGAGCGCAGAGAAAACCUCUCUGCUGCACAGAGGGGAUAAGGGAAAGGACAAUGCAGCACUAAAACACAACCGGACAGAGAAAAGCAAAGAGUGAAAGAGAGAACGACACACACUGAGACAGGAUGGCCACCGCAGUGUUUCAGGUGUCUUCAUCUUGUGUUCCAGCAACAAACUAUGAGUUGGCACCGAGCAGUGACCUCCCUCUCAAACAUGUAGACACCAUGGGCUCAACAAAAUCUUCAAAGAGCAUGGAGUCCCGGCGCAGACCAUCAAGGAGUGUGAGUCUGCUGCAGGCCCUGGAGGAGAGCUACGAGUUGGACCUGAUCUACAUCACAGAGAGAAUCAUCUCCGUCUCCUUCCCCAGCAGUGUGGAAGAGCAGAGCUACGCUGCCAACCUGCGGGAGGUUGCCUCCAUGCUGCGCUCCAAACACGGCCACAACUACCUGCUCUUCAACCUCAGUGAGAAGCGUUAUGACAUCAGCCAACUCAAUCCAAAGGUGUUGGACUUUGGCUGGCCUGACCACCAUGCUCCAGCCCUGGACAAAAUCUGCAGCAUCUGCAAGGCCAUGGACACCUGGCUGAGUGCAGACAGCCACAACGUGGUGGUCAUACACAACAAGGGCAACAGAGGCAGAACUGGAGUGGUGGUGGCAGCCUACAUGCAUUACAGCAACAUAUCUGCCAGUGCUGACCAGGCUCUGGACAGAUUUGCCAUGAAGCGCUUCUAUGAAGACAAAGUGCUUCCUGUGGGCCAGCCAUCUCAGAAAAGGUAUGUGGAGUACUUCAGCGGCUUGCUCUCCGGGCACAUCAAGAUCAACAACAAACCCCUGUUCCUUCACCACGUCAUCAUGCACGGCAUCCCUAACUUCGAGUCUAAAGGAGGUUGUCGCCCUUUCCUCAAAAUCUACCAGGCCAUGCAGCCCGUGUACACAUCUGGGAUCUAUAAUGUUCAGGGUGACAGCCAGACCAGCAUCUGCAUCACCAUUGAACCGGGUCUUCUUCUGAAAGGAGACAUCCUGCUCAAGUGCUACCACAAGCGCUACCGUAGCCCGUGUCGAGACGUGAUAUUCCGGGUGCAGUUUCACACCUGCGCUGUCCACGACCUGGGGAUUGUCUUUGGGAAAGACGAGCUUGAUGAGACAUUCAAAGAUGACAGGUUUCCAGAAUAUGGAAAAGUGGAGUUUAUUUUCUCCUUCGGACCAGAGAAAAUACAUGGUCAAGGUGUUGAUCAACUGGAAAACGGGCCGAGCGUCUCGGUUGACUAUAACACACAAGAUCCUCUGAUCCGCUGGGACUCCUACGAAAACUUCAAUCAGAACUGUGAGGACACCACAGACGAAGUCAUCCAUACCGAAGGGCCCCUGGACGGCAGCCUCUACGCCAAAGUUCGCAAAAAGGAGUCAGUUGAAGGAACGGUCACAGCGAAUGGCCUCCCGCCCACUGCUGCUGAACAUGCCCUACCUGCGGUAGACCAUGCCUUGUCAGUGAGCAGCGACUCAGGAAACUCUACUGCCUCCAUUAAAACCGACCGAACUGAUGAAGCAGCAGCAGCUCCUCAGGUUUCCACAGUGAGCCAGACACACGUUCCUGUAGGUGAGGAGCUACCCUCAGUUCAUCACCACGCCCCACCUGUACAACAACCAAUCAGUCCCCAAGAGAAACAGGAGCUGGAUCAGCUGCUUAGUGGCUUGGAAGGGCCCAUGCAUCGACAGGGCUACCUGUCCACCCCGACCUCUGCUGUUGGAGGUAUGCUUCACCUGGUGCCUGCCCAAGUCCAUGUCAAUGGGCAUAGUAGCAUUGACCGUGAGACAGACAUUUUAGAUGAUGAGCUGCCUACCAGUCAAGAGGGCAACAGUGUGGACAGUCUAGGGACAUUCUCCUCCACGGAUGGUCGGGCUACACCAGCGGAUCUUUACUACCAGCCUGAGUCACUUGUCAAUGGCCAGGACCAUGUGCCGUAUCUGGAGCGCAGUGUCCCAGAAAAACCUCUGGAAACUGUCCAGCCACAGGUUGGUAUAUCCAACAAGCCUGUCACUUUGACCCAAAGUGAUUCAGCCCCAUCCUCGGGUAAUUACAUAGCUACCCAGAAUGGCAAUUUGUACCGCUCUCAGUCAUUUGGAGCAGAGCCAAACUCUAUGCCACAAGCUCCCACGCGCACCACCAGUAGCAGGGAGGCCGUCCAGCGCGGCCUCAAUGUUUGGCAGCAGUUUGGUGUACCAGAGGAGCCAGUAACUGACGGCCUUACUUUUAGUCCACCUCCUUCUGUAGCAGUGAUGCCCAGUCACCACAGCCUCCCACAAUUCCCUCACCGCCACAGCGCCUCCCAGCAAGAAAUUGAGCAAUCUAUUGAAACCCUUAAUCUCCUCAUGUUGGACCUGGAACCAGGCCGUUCACUGGUGCCAAAGUCUCAAAGUGCUCCACUGCGGGAAAACAGUGUUGUAGUAACCACCCAGCCGUCCUUCUCUCAGAGCCAACCCAGGCCCUCCUCCCAGGCAGAUGCCAACAUUCGUACCCACUUUUCUGGCCCCACAUCCAGUCUGGCCAGCCACUCGCCUCCUUCUGAGACAUCACCUGGGAAGCCUAGAACACCAGAGCCUGCACCUGUUCAGGGAUCUCUGAGUUACACAUCUGAAAGGGCUGGGAUGAGUCCUUCCUCACAAGCCUCUCCGGCUGCAGGUGGUCAAUUCCAGCUCAAACCCGUCACUAGCUACCCACCAAGCACAUUGUCCCAGUCUGCAGAAGUUUCUGAGCCCCAGAGAAGCCCCAGUGCUGCCUCAGCAUCACCCCAGCCAAAAGAUACGGAGCAAGAUGAAGUGUUCAAUGUGGAAGGUCUGGUGGCUCAAAGAGUGGCUGGUGUCCAGGCCCGUGCAGCAUCCGUGGAUGAGCCUGCGACUCUGCCCCGUCACCGCAUAACAAGCGACGGCCAGUACCAGAAUGGUCCCGACGACAGUACCUCUCCUGAUGUCCCUCUUCGCUCCCCCGUCCGCUGUGUUUCUCCAGAGUUUGUCAACGCCAUAGCAAUGAACCCCGGAGGACGACCUAAGGAGAGACACAUGCACAGCUACCGUGAGGCCUUCGAGGAGAUGGAGGGUGGCCCCAUCAGUCCUACACCUGUAGUUGGUGGUGAGGUGUUUCCCCAAACCCCUGCCUUCCCCAUCUCGCCGCAAACCCCUUACUUCAACCUGUGUCGCUCCCCUCCUGGUCUUGCCAAGACUCCACUGUCAGCCCUGGGUCUGAAGCCCCACAAUCCAGCAGAAAUCCACCUCAAUCAGACAGGCUCAGCACCAAGAAGCUAUGUAGAGUCUGUGGCGAGGUCGGCUGCAGCAGGCGGAGAGCAGUCCACGUCACCUCGGAGCCAUAGCCCACCCGCAGAGACUACAGGGCAGCAGAGAAGUCCAAGUCCCACGUCCCACACACUGAACCCGCCUUUGUCCAGCAGCAGCCCCAUCCAGAGCUCACAGGGUGAUCACCCCUUGGCAGAGAGCAGCAUAAGCACUCCGUCCCAACCAACUACUGAUUCGGGCUUCCGCUCCCAGGCUACAGAGAGUGCCUACCCCACUCCCACCCCCUCAUAUCAAGCCCUGAAUACCCCCACGUCUUCCUACCUAGAUUCCAGCUCUCCGACCUCUUCCUACCUUGGCACUACUACCCCUACACUGUCCUACCUUGGGCCAAACACCAUACCUGGGAGCUAUGUAGCCUCAGAUCCCAGCCCGCCCACCUCAGAACCCUCCCAGACAAUGCUCAGCCACGGCAGUCCCCAUGCACAGCAUCGGACAAACGUCCUUGGCUCCACCUACAACCCCCUCCUCCAGCAGCGCUCGUGCGCUAAUCAGGACGGUUCUAUCAUGGGUCAGCAAACAUCAACAACUGAUGGCUUUGAUGUAGGUAUGGUAGGUCUCAGUGGAAGUCCCAUCCUUGGUCGUUGUCCGUCUCAGGGAGCUCAGAGCAGCCCAGUCCUCAGCAGACAGGCCUCUUCAGGACAGGGGUCUCAGCGGAGCCCGGUCCUCAGUAGACAGCCGUCCCUGGGUCAGCCAAUGCAGAGCAGCCCCGUGCUCAGCCGACAGCCAUCUGUCACACAACCACAAGGAAGUCCAGUUUUGGGCCGCCACCCAUCUGUAUCGCAGGUAUCCCAGAGAAGCCCCAGUCUGGAUCGUCACCCAAUGCACAGCGGUUACACCACCCCGGAUGAGAGACAUGGGAACCUGUCGAGACAGAGCAGCUCCUCUGGCUACCAGGGACCUCCUACUCCUUCCUUCCCCAUCUCGCCCGCAGGCUACCAAGAUGGGGGGAUGAUGGGGAUGGGUGUAGGUUUCCGGCAGGGCAGCCCAGCCCCUGGUUUCCAGCCCCAGCUUCCAGAGAAGAGGCGCAUGUCGAGUGGCGAUAGACCAAACGGUGCACAGUCCUAUGGCACCCUGAACGGGAAGAUAAUGUCUCCAAUGAGUGGAGGAAGCACUCCCGGCUACUUCCACACCCUCUCUGACUUCUCAAGGUUUAAUAUGCCAGAUGGAAGUCCUGAGAGCAGGCUGAAUGUCAAGUUUGUCCAAGACACGUCCAAGUUCUGGUAUAAGCCAGAAAUUUCCAGGGAGCAAGCCAUUAGCCUGCUGAGAGAGAGGGAGCCUGGAGCCUUUGUUAUUCGAGACAGCCACUCGUUCAGGGGGGCUUAUGGCUUGGCUAUGAAGGUCGCCUCUCCUCCACCCUCAGUGCAUCAGAACAAGAAAGGUGACAUCACCAACGAGCUGGUGAGGCACUUCCUGAUUGAGAGCAGCCCAAAAGGAGUGAAGCUGAAGGGUUGUCCCAACGAGCCUUACUUUGGCUGUCUGUCUGCCUUGGUCUACCAACAUGCCAUCACGCCACUGGCCCUACCCUGCAAACUACUUAUCCCUGCCACAGAUCUCCUCGAAGAAGUGUCAGAAGUCUCUGCACCAAACCCACUGGCUGAAAGGCUGAAACAAGGAGCAGUGCAGAGGGCCCCUGCUGAUUCCCAUGCAUGCAAUGUGCUCUACGUCAACUCAGUGGAGAUGGAGUCCCUGACAGGCCCUCAGGCUGUUGCCAAGGCCAUAACUGAGACACUGGCUGCCACUUCUCCAGCUACUGCCACCAUUGUGCACUUCAAGGUGUCUUCACAAGGCAUCACGCUGACCGACAACCAGAGGAAGCUUUUCUUCCGACGCCACUAUCCUACCAACACUGUCACGUUCUGCGACACUGACCCUCAGGACAGAAAGUGGAACAAGCCUGAGGGAGGCACAGCCAAGCUGUUUGGGUUUGUGGCACGUAAGCAGGGAAGCACAACGGACAACGUCAGCCACCUCUUUGCUGAGAUGGACCCUGACCAGCCUGCCAGCGCUAUCGUCAACUUUGUCUCAAAGAUGAUCGCCUCGCAGAAACGAUGAGAGCUGUCAGCAAACCCUGGCGCUUUUUUUUAAAUGCCUUUGGUUAUUUUCUUUCCUUUUAACCACAGACACUUACUUUCUGUUCUGGACAAUUAAGCAUUUGGUUUUACGCGUCACCUUAUUUUUUUCCUGCUCUUUUACAUUUACUUGUGUGUCUGUGUGCGUUUGUGUAUGAAAGAGAACGAGACAGAGAGUGUGUGGUGUAAUUGUGCGCGUGUGUGCGUCUCGCAUGCAUGUGCUUUUCUUCUUGGACGGACUCCAGAAUGGACCAGAGGAAGUGCAGGAUGGGGCGUGGCUGUGUGUGACAAUGGGACGGGAGGCGAUUCUGAUCUCCCUGGCAGGGUAACGCAUGGACAGGAAGAGGGAAUGACAUUGUGUGUGCAAAUGUUAUUUUUUAGCAAUUUGUUCAUUUUAUAUUUUUUUUAAGAAGAAGAAGUCAAGUUGUGUGAUGUAAAGGUGGAUUGUAAAUCUAUCAGGCUUUUGACUGGUCAACCAAAGAUUUUAAAAAAGUAGUCAGGGCGUGUAUAGUGUGCCACUGUCGGAGGGUCGGAAGUAUUCUUUUUGUAAAACAAAUAUGGCUGCUUAAUCAAAAAUACUGAACUGUUUCCUUCUGUAUGUACUGAUACUGUAGGUCAACUCUGCACCGUUGCCAUGUUGCAAACAAUGUCUCCGGACUUUGUUGCAGCUGGCGAGGUCUGUGUAAAUAUUCUAGAUUGCUUUAUGAGUAGGACUGUUCUAGAUGACAUUUGGUGCCUGACUUUCUUUUGUAAUGCAGAGCUUUUUAAGAAAAAGAAGAACAUAAAACUCUUCCAGGCUGUCUUAAAUAUGCAAAUAGCCAAACUUGGAAAUAAGAUUGUUCUCCAGAAUUCCACAGGUCCUUCCCUGUUUGAUGUUGUAGUGUCGCUAAUGAUGCAACAGAUGUUAUUCCUCUAAAGUGCAGCUAGAGUCAGACAGUAUAGAACAAUUUUCUUGUGCAUCUACGGUAUCCAGGUGAACACACAAAAGCAUCAGUAAGAAACUCAUUGAAUCAUUACAUUCACACAUAGUCUCUUGAUUGUAAAGAAGAGGAUUAGCUUUCUAUCUGCCAUCACUCUCUGUUCAGUCUGCGCAGCACAUAGCCACACUAUUUCGCUCAUUAAGGGGCCUAAAGUUGUUUUGUGAGGACAGUUCUUGUGGAAAAGUGUUGUCCUGCUACACUGCUCUUCAUUUUUCUGUGUUCAAAGUUUCCGUCGAUAGAGAGAAGCUCUUUGCGUCAGCCGGCCAAAACUGUUAACACUCACACCCUACCCAAAAGUAAGCUAUACAUAUAAAUAUACAUAUAAAGAUAUAUAUAAAAACUUCCAAACAGUGACUUAAGAUAUUUAUUUUUUUUGCUUUGUUGCUCUAUGUUAUCUUGUAUACAUGUAUUAUAAAGUAUACAUCAAGAUUACUGAAAGCAAGAAGAGAAGAUUGCUUUUUAUUUUGGCUAAAGUGCAUUGACAUAUAUAAAGGUGUAAAGUGUGUUCAUUUUAAACUGUCGUUUUUGAAUGUUUUUUGUUUUCACAGCAUUACUUUUGUUAACAUUCUUGUUUUCUUGGGGAGGCUUUGUUGUUUUUGUUAAGAGGAGGGAAAAUAUUUUGUAUGAAAGAUUGCUGUUACUAAAGUCCAAAUUGGAGUUAUCCUAAAGUGAUGCCAACACAAUUGUUUUAUUAACUUAAACCUGCCUAGAAGAUACAUUGUCCAAGUUUAGCACUUAAAUGUUAAAGUAUUAUCAGUGUGUUUCUACUUGUCAAAAGAGAAGAUAUGAACAUUAUCAGACCUGUUUCAUGUCAGCAUUGCAUGUGUGGAGGCAGACUUAGUAGUCGCUGUAGCCAUCAGCACCUCGGCAUGGGUCUGUUUAUGGAAAACUAGUCAGUUCAGUCAGUAGCUGCUGCCCUCAUGUGGUGUAGAAAGAUCAUUACAAAGGAACCACUUUUAUUCUAACAGUGUUUUAGCUGUGAUUAUGGCAUGUCAAAGAGUAAAUGUUUAAGUAAUUUGAUCACUGAGAAAAUGAGUUUUGAUUUUAAUGUUGAUUCAUAUGCUAAUUUCUUAGCAAAUGAGUUUUGCUUUUACGUUUUAGAGUCCCAUUUAUGGAUUAAGAAGUAGAGAUUACAACCCCCUCCUUUAUGCCUGAUGCUCUAGGAUCAGAUGGCAGCAUGAUGUAAACUAAUUAAAUAAGGGUUAGUUAGGGGGGCUACAUUCUGACUCAAAUGUACUUCUUCAAAUAUAAAAUAAAAUACAGCACUUACAGGGCUUUUAUAUCUGACUAGAAUGUUCCAUUAUUUAUUAGCAAGAGCCUGCAUGCUCAAGUCGUUACCUUAACGCUGCUGACUGUAAUCUGUACACAGUAUCCUCAAGUCUUACUCAAGCCAGCCCUUUCCAGAAAGAUGCCCAUAGAUAGUUAUCACAUGACGACUGUGUCUUGACUCGGCUUACGAGACAGAAGAAUUUAUAUUUUUGCCUACAAAAUGCUUGUUGAGAAAAGAGGACGUCCUCUACUUCAAACUGAAUGUUUGCCAUUUGUUUGCCAAGAUGGAAACUCCAGUGGCAUCUGCCCACUUUGACAGAUCAGUCUGGACUGUAGAAUGUGUGUGAAUGAGCUACUAUGCCUGUAUAGUGCUUUGUCAUUGUUUUGGUUUGCUACAUUGUAUGGCUUUUACUAUUUCUGAUGAAAAAAAAAACACAUUAAAAAGCAGUACAAAUCAAAAUGUAUAUAA